UGGUUGUCAGGCAGGUUUGUAAGAGUUCGAGCCAAUUGGAGGCUCAGCUACCGCUCGACCCGGGCGCAGCGCGCAGGCGGUGGCGAAGAGACGCCGAGCGGGCCGAGUGCGGCCGAGCAAAGCCGGAGCCGGAGCGGGGCCGCAGGAGCCGGGCUGGGUCCGGACGGGCCGAGAUGCCCUAUAAACUGAAGAAGGAGAAGGAGCCCCCCAAGCUUGCCAAAGGCACCGCCAAGCCCAGCAGCUCAGGCAAGGAUGGUGGAGGCGAGAACGCUGAGGAGGUCCAGGCUCAGCCCCAGGCUCAGCCCCAGUCUCAGCCAUCGUCAUCCAACAAGCGUCCCAGCAACAGCACACCACCCCCUACACAGCUCAGCAAAAUCAAGUAUUCAGGGGGGCCCCAGAUUGUCAAGAAGGAGCGACGGCAAAGUUCCUCCCGCUUCAACCUCAGCAAGAACCGGGAGCUGCAGAAGCUUCCUGCCCUAAAAGAUUCACCAACUCAGGAGCGGGAGGAGCUGUUUAUCCAGAAGCUACGCCAGUGCUGUGUCCUCUUUGACUUCGUGUCAGACCCACUCAGUGACCUCAAAUUCAAAGAGGUGAAGCGUGCAGGACUAAAUGAGAUGGUGGAGUAUAUCACUCACAGCCGUGAUGUUGUCACCGAGGCCAUCUACCCUGAGGCUGUCACCAUGUUUUCAGUGAACCUCUUCCGAACGCUGCCACCGUCAUCGAAUCCCACAGGGGCUGAGUUUGACCCAGAGGAAGAUGAGCCCACUUUGGAAGCUGCCUGGCCACAUCUCCAGCUCGUGUAUGAGUUUUUCUUACGUUUCCUGGAGUCUCCUGAUUUCCAACCAAACAUAGCCAAGAAGUACAUUGACCAGAAGUUUGUCCUUGCUCUCCUGGACCUAUUUGAUAGUGAGGAUCCUCGUGAGCGGGACUUUCUCAAGACCAUUUUGCAUCGCAUCUAUGGCAAGUUUUUGGGGCUCCGGGCUUAUAUACGUAGGCAGAUCAACCACAUCUUCUACAGGUUCAUCUAUGAAACAGAACAUCACAAUGGAAUUGCUGAGCUCCUGGAGAUCCUGGGCAGUAUCAUCAAUGGCUUUGCCUUGCCUCUUAAGGAAGAGCACAAGAUGUUUCUCAUCCGCGUCCUGCUUCCCCUUCACAAGGUCAAGUCCCUGAGUGUGUAUCACCCUCAGUUGGCGUACUGUGUGGUACAAUUCCUGGAGAAGGAGAGCAGUCUGACUGAGCCGGUGAUUGUGGGACUUCUUAAGUUUUGGCCCAAAACCCACAGCCCCAAGGAAGUGAUGUUCCUGAAUGAACUAGAGGAGAUUCUGGAUGUCAUUGAACCCUCAGAAUUCAGCAAAGUAAUGGAACCACUCUUCCGCCAGCUUGCCAAGUGUGUCUCCAGCCCCCAUUUCCAGGUGGCAGAACGUGCCCUCUAUUAUUGGAACAACGAGUACAUCAUGAGCCUGAUAAGUGACAAUGCUGCCCGAGUCCUCCCCAUCAUGUUCCCCGCACUCUACAGGAACUCCAAGAGCCACUGGAACAAGACAAUCCAUGGACUGAUCUACAAUGCCCUGAAGCUGUUUAUGGAAAUGAAUCAGAAGCUGUUUGAUGACUGCACACAACAAUACAAGGCAGAGAAGCAGAAGGGCCGGUUCCGAAUGAAGGAAAGAGAAGAGAUGUGGCAAAAGAUCGAGGAGCUGGCCCGGCUUAAUCCCCAGUAUCCCAUGUUCCGAGCUCCUCCACCACUGCCCCCUGUGUACUCCAUGGAGACAGAGACCCCCACAGCAGAGGACAUCCAGCUUCUGAAAAGGACGGUGGAGACAGAGGCUGUGCAGAUGCUAAAAGACAUCAAGAAGGAAAAAGUGCUGCUUCGUAGGAAAUCGGAGCUGCCCCAGGAUGUCUACACUAUCAAGGCACUGGAGGCACACAAGCGGGCAGAAGAGUUCCUAACUGCCAGCCAGGAAGCUCUCUGACCCCCUCACCUUCCCAGAGGGCCACAGCCCAUUCAGCCCUGGGAUGCCACCCCAGCCCUCCACCCUCUUCUCCCUACUGGCUGACUUGGGGCAAGGCAGCACCUCUCUGGCUACUAUAGAGGAUGCAGGCACUUGAAGCAGGGACACCUGCUUCUCCCCAAGAUGUGUUCUUGCCUCCUUGUGGCUAGUACAAACAGGCUGAGUACUGAGACAACCUGGGGAUGUCUGUCCCCUGCCUGUUCCUAACCCUACAGCUACCUGAGGCUGCUCUGAGAAAUAUACAGGAAUCAUAUACUCCUCCUCUCCCCUUCAUCCUCAUCUGAAUUCUAGGUGUCUUUCCUCUCUCCCCACUGCAGAGGCAUGUAGGGAGCAGCAGGAGAGUAUUCUCACCAAAGUUAUGUAAAGCUCCACUGGCCCCUGGAGUGAGUAGCUGGAGGAGAGCCAACUCUCAGCAGCACAAAUGAGACCCCAGCCCCAACAGUGUGCAGGCUGAUGGAGUUAUAUUAUUUUCUCUUACCCUCUCCCUGACCAAGACAACUUAUUACAGAGGUCAAAAGAAGUAUAGGCCAUGGACACCAGAUGAUGAAUGUAAGGCCCGGUGGACCAAGAGGCAGGGAUAAAUGACUCCCCUGUGUCCCCUCUUUGGUGAGCAGCAGCCCUGGGACUGCAAACAUGGAAGGGACCACCCUGUGGCUGGCUGCUUUCCUGUGCUGUUGGUUCCCAAAGCUACAAAGAAGGAAGCAGGGAGCAGUGCCCCAAGCAUGGCUGCCCCCAACACCUAUUUAUUUCGUUUGUGCUGAUGCUGGACAGGCCCUCACUUGUCCUUUUUAGAGGAAAGGGGAGGGCUGGGCCCAGGUUCCAGGGGCACAGGCAGUGCGGCGUUUGGCUGUGUACAUAGGGUGCUUUAUUCUCCACAAGAGUGAUACAUGCUAAGGUGGGUUGGGCUUGGGCCAAUGUCCCCAAAUGUACAGAACUGAAUAAAGUGGGUCUCUGAGAAGUC